CAAGGCAACAACAGAUCUUUCUCUCGAAACUCAAGACCCAGAGGCCGUUCACGGCUGUCACGGACGUACCAUAACAACCCCGAUGGACCCCUCCUCAUACAUCGGGACACAGUGUCGCCUAUCGGAAGAACAUAACAAUGAAUUGCCUGAUUUGGGGUCCGCUCAAUCCAUUCCAGGGAGGCAUAUAAACCCGACCAAGUUAACAGCCUUGCUGAGGAUCAAAUUCGGCGCAGGAACGUACGAAGUGCAAAUCGUACAAAAUUCGUACUGCAUAAUCGCUCCAAGGAAACUCUCCUCAAGCGAAAUAGCCGAAUGUCGACGAAGAUGAGCGGAGCAGGUUGGGCAGGCUCGAGCGGUGAAAUUCGAGGGGAAACGGGGAAAGAAAGAAAGGGAGGAGUGCUCUGGGCGUGGUUCGGCGAA